AUGUCUACCAAACGGGUCGAGGGCGAAAUUCAGGGCGAAGAAGAGACCGUCAAAAAGCUACUUCAACAGCUUGAUAAGGGCCCACGAAUGGCUCACGUUGUGAAGUUGGAGAAAAAGGAGCUGGAACCUAGGGAGGGGGAGGAUCAUUUUUCGGUUAUGCGAACUAUGGAGUCUCGAUAUGCUUCUUGA